CACAUCCUCGUGUGCCCCGUGACACCCUCACUUCCGGCCCGGGAGCUAAGAUGGCGACGCCCAUGCACCGACUGAUCGCCCGCAGACAGGCGGAGGCAAACAARCAGCAUGUGAGGUGUCAGAAGUGUUUAGAGUUUGGCCACUGGACAUAUGAAUGUACAGGGAAGAGAAAAUACCUGCACAGGCCUUCAAGGACAGCUCAGCUGGCCAAAAUCCUAAAAGAGAAAGAAAAGCAACUCCUGCUGCAACAGAGUGCYGGAGAAAGUGCUGCAGAAAAGAAAACCAAGAAAAAAAGGUCCAAAAGUGUGACCAGUUCCAGCAGCAGCAGCAGUGACAGCUCAGCCAGCGACUCCUCCUCUGACAGCGAGGACUCCUCUACCUCCUCCUCCUCCUCAGACAGUGACAGUGAGGACAGCUCCUCCUCCUCCUCAUCCUCCCCCUCCUCCAGCAGCUCUUCCUCCUCCUCCGACUUCGACUCGGAUUCCAGCUCCUCCAGCAGCAGCAGCAGCAGCWCAGACAGCAGCUCUGAGGAUGAGCCCCCAAAGAAGAAAAAGAAGAAAUAGCUGGGGAGGUGCAGGACUGUGGAGCAAGUGACAAUGCCCUCGCAGGGUCUGGAGCACACGGCUGCCAAAAGUUCAAUGGUCGACAUUUCUACUGCUCAAACUUUCUUAAGUGUUUURCAUAGUUGUUCAUAGGACAUGGAAGGUAUUAAAUGGCACGUGAGACUUACUGAGAGAGUAUUUUUGUGGUUUAUCCUUUUAUGGGAGAUUUUACUUUUUUAGUUACAAAAAAAAUCUAUCAUCAGAUUUGUUUAUAUGAGCUGAAGUCCAGUAACCUGGAUGUUUACAUGCUGGAAAGCAAAAGCUUUUUAUUGCAGAUUGUGCUGUGCAUCACGUGCUGUUCCUCUGUUAAUGACAGCUUCACUUCCAUUGAGAAAAUCCUCUAAACUGUUAAAAGCAGAAGUUUUUCAGUGCUGCUGUGGAGCUGUGGCAUUGUUGAACCUGAAUGCAGAACGUGUCACACACAGAGCCUCCCAUCUCACUGGUGACAAAUGGAUUCUGUGCUGCUGAGCUUGUGUUCCAAUGGCUUUUCCUGAUGCUUCCAGGUCGAGUCUUACCUGCACCAUCCAGUUGAGCUAGUGUUGAUUUGUUACUGAUCAAUGUCGUGCUUGUCCUGCCCAGAGCCUCUGGGCUUUUCACUCCCUUGUGUCCUUGGUUUGUGUAUUGGAAGUGUUUCCUGAGACACAGAGUGUUGGUGUUGGAGAGCAGCAGCUCGGUGCAUUGGGGCUGCUGCUGCUUUAGGAGUUCCAUCUUUGUGCCUUUUUUUUGUAAAUUCAGUGGCCCCCAGUGAGAAAGGGCUGGAGUGGGUGUUUUGAAGAGCUCCAUCAGAAUAUUCCCAUCCAGGAUAGGUCAGCAAAACCAGAGAAAUAGCACCAAAUAAAACUGGGCACUGUUUUCUCUCCGGGUGCUCUAAGAAAAUUGAAAUAAAGGUCUCAGAGGACAGUGUUUCCCUUUGGAUGUGUUUCCCCAGGAAUGUGUGAAAUGCAGGAUUGCCAGGCUGUGUUGGUGGGCACGUGCUGGGUGACAGUCUGCAGAAAUUCAAUCAUUCUUUGUGACAGGGUGAACGUGUUUGUGGAAACUGCCCUGGGAGAAACAAGUGAGUGCAAAAACCCCACAAACCCAACAAAAGCAGAUCAAAYACUCUGCAGAACAGGGAUUGCUGGAUGCAGAGUGGGAAUUAUUUGUUUUUCUGGUGGAUUGAAGCAGUUGGCUUUAGUGUUUUAUUUGUUGAUGCAAUCUCCUGAAUUUCKUAUUGUUGGAGUGCCCUUUUUGGGGAGGGGGCAUCACUUGUGGAAGAAUUCUCAAGUAUCUUGGUUUAGGUAAAAUACAGUAACUAAACUAUUUUUUAUAUUUUUAUGGAAAAAAGUAGUGUGUAGACUUACUUUGGAAUAAACUGUACUUAUUUAAAUGUUUGAAAAUACCUGUGUGUGUCUGUCUGUGACCACUCCUGUGUUUUACAGAGCACGCUGCAUAGUGUAAAUAAAACUACCAGAAAGGUGUUUAAAUCUU